UCAACAGCGGCCGAAGCCCCCCUCGCACAUAACACGUGCACCGGUGCCAGGCCCGGAUCAGGAGGCAGGCAGGUCGAGCUCGCUCGUGGAGCGAGGCGGGGAAAGCAACACGGAGCUGGCAGGAGGGGAAGGGGAGGAGUCCGCCGUUUUUAAUUCCCUCGCCCUGCGAGAGCGGCCAAAUAAAUGAAGAAAUAAAAAAUAAAAAGCGCCCACUUUCAACCUCGCUUCGUCGUCUGCCCUCCCGGACCCCGUAGAGCGCUUUACGGGAUGCCAGGAGGCGACAUGGCCAAACCACUGCUAGAUCAUCAGAACACGGACAGUAAUUUAAGUCUGGCCCCAGCUGCUGGGAGCAGGACAAUUGGGAUUCUGGGAAGUGGAGACUUUGCACGCUCCUUGUCUAUGCGCCUGGUGUGCUCAGGUUUCAAAGUGGUGGUCGGAAGCCGGAACCCGAAGCGCAACACCAGCCUCUCUUCUGCAGUUGAGGUAACAUGCCAGGCAGACGCCAUAAAGAAGGCCGAUAUCAUCUUUGUGGCAAUUUUCAGAGAACACUACACCACGCUCUGUGACCUCAACAACGAGCUUUCUGGCAAAGUACUGGUGGAUGUUAGCAACAAUGCUGAAAUAAAUCAUCACAAAGAAUCCAAUGCAGAGUAUCUAGCCUCGCUUUUGCCAACCUGCAUAGUGGUCAAAGGAUUUAAUGUUAUUUCAGCCUGGACCCUGCAGUCAGGUUCCAGAGAUGGGAACAAACAGGUCUUCAUUUGCUCUGACAACCAAGAAGCCAAACAGGCUGUUGCUGAAAUUGCUCAUGCCCUGGGCUUCAUCCCAGUGGACAUGGGUGCCUUGUUCUCAGCUCGGGAAAUAGAGAAUAUUCCGUUGCGUCUCCUCCCUGCCUGGAAGAUUCCCGUCUUCUUGGCCCUGGGCCUCUUUCUCUGCUUCUACACCUACAACUUCAUCCGGCAAGUCUUGCAUCCUUACAUUCGAGAGAAGAAGAACAAAUUCUACAAGAUCCCUGUGGAGAUCGUCAACACCACCUUGCCUUGCGUGGCCUACGUCAUGCUCUCCUUGGUCUACCUUCCUGGAGUGCUCGCAGCCAUCUAGCUGUACCACUGCACAAAGUACCGGCGUUUCCCUGACUGGCUUGACCAGUGGCUGCAACACCGGAAGCAGAUAGGCCUCCUGAGCUUUUUCUGCGCAGCAUUGCAUGCUGUCUAUAGUCUGUGCCUACCCAUGCGCCGGUCCCACCGGCUAUCUGUGCUCAACGAGGCGUCAAGCAGGUACGGUACCCUGAGGAAGGAAAUUGGAAAGCUGGCUGCUUACUCCUUUUAUUGCAUGAUCUUAGGAAUCCCUAGCUCCACUGCUUCAUUCCAAGUUGCCGGCAACCUUGUGCUAGUUAGUGGGCUGUAUAAAUGUUUCAUUAGCACUAAUUAUGUUACCUACUUCGUUCCCACUCCUAUUUCUUCAAGUCAAAUGGAGGUUAGGAAUCAGUAUCUGAUCAGAAAAAAAUGUUGGCUGAAGGACAGGCUUCCUUUGUCCAAAGUUUCAAGAUAUCCUGAAGCUGGCAAACAUUAUAUGGAAAUUAAGCCUGCCCUCGAGCUUUUAUUCAGUUCACCAUCCUGUUCCCCAUUUCUUGGUUUAUUCAACAUGACUUUCCAACUGUUCUUUCAGGUGGAGAGGAGAACAGAUGCCUGGGUGGAAGAGGAAGUCUGGAGGAUGGAGAUAUACAUCUCUUUUGGUAUCAUGGCUCUGGGCUUGCUCUCGUUACUUGCCAUAACCUCACUCCCGUCCAUCUCUAACUCUCUCAACUGGAGGGAAUUCAGCUUCAUUCAAUCUACCCUCGGUUUUGUUGCUCUGGUGAUCAGCACAUUCCACACCUUGACUUACGGAUGGACAAGAGCCUUUGAUGAAAACCAAUACAAGUUUUACCUGCCUCCCACUUUCACCCUCACCCUCCUGGUACCAUGCACCAUAAUCCUAGCUAAGCUCUUUUUCAACUUUCCUUGUAUGAGCCAAAGACUGCAGCGCAUCAGGGGUGGGUGGGAGCGGAACAGGUAUGUCAAGUUCACGUUGCCAAGAGCAUCCGGGGAAUUUUCCAGUGGAGAAAGCAGCAGCAUUGUGUGAUGCUGAUGAACCUCUGUUUCCAUUACAAUUGUGAAGAAGCAUUAUGAUUCUGUUUUUAUUGGGUGCGUGUUUUUUUUUAAAAAAGCCUAUUUGGGAUCAUUAAAUGGUGGGCAAUAUCUUAUUUCAGGAGAAAGUUAUCAAACAGAGUAACAUUGAGAAUGCACUGAUAAUUUCCUAGGUUAUAAAAAGGUUGCCUUAAAAACAUCAGUGCAGAAUUUUCACUUAGAUCAUUGAGGAAACACAAGCAUUCUGCUUCUUUAAGGUAAAACACAACACUAGAAACAUUUUGUUUUUCCCUGAUACCAGUCUUUUUUUUUUCUCAUAAGGCUACAAUCUGACACACACUCAUGAAUAACAUCUGGACGUCCUUCUGAGCAAAAACAAUAUGUUUAAGUUCUGUGAAACGGACUUUCAGCUAUACCCAGCCCCUUAUCCAUUAAACA